AUGCAGGCUCCGACUUCUGGGAACGAAAGCGGGCCGAUCAAGUUCGACGACCCGCGUAUUCCUCCGGGACAAGACGCAUGGGCGGAGUGCUGUGAAGUGAUCAAAGACCACCACGAAGCAGUAGUGAAGCGAUUGAAAGAGGAGAUUGAUACUCUCCUCGUUUAUGGCGGCCUUUUCUCUGCCGUGCUCACCGCAUUCAACGUGGAGCUCUACUCCGCGCUUCAGCCGAACCCAUCGGAUACAACGAACGCCCUUCUUGCGCAAAUGACUGAUCAGCUGAACAGUUUUACUCUCAGCUCUUCCUUCGCCAACUCCUCACAGCCAUCACUCGCCCUGCCCUCCCCUUCCUCAUUCCGCGCUUCGCGCUCCUCCGUAUGGAUCAACGCACUUUGGUUCUCAAGUCUCAUCUGUAGCCUCUCUUCAGCAUGCAUCGGGAUGAUGGUAAAGCAAUGGCUACACGAAACGGAGCUCGGGCUACCCGGGACGUCGCGCGAGACGGCACGUCUGCGCCAGUACCGUCUCGACGCUCUCGUCAAGUGGCAUGUGGGCACGAUCGUUGCUCUCCUACCGACCCUGCUGCUGCUCGCAUCCGCGCUCUUCCUUGCAAGCCUUCUAACACUCCUCUGGACUCUCCACCACGGCGUAGCCGCCAUGGCCUCAGUGCUCGUCGGAGCCCUCCUCAUAUUCACCCUCAUCACCCUCACCCUCCCCGCGUUUUCCCGCGACUGCGCGUAUCGAUCUCCCCAAGCCCUCAUUGUCUUCCUCUUCGUCCAGCUCAUUUGCCGCCUAUCUCGUCACUUCCUCCGUCCGUUCCGCCAGGUGGUCUACCUCUACCGAAAUCACUCGAUGGUCUGGUGCUUCGUAUCGCGUUGCGUUGAGGCUAUCACGCUUACGAAGUGGGGAAACUACCGCAGUUGGUCCGGUCUGGAGCGGGUCGUCGUGCAGGACCGCCACCAUUCGCUCGAUCAGCACACCGUCGAGGCUGCAAACGCCUUGCUACUCGACGAUGGUUUCACAAACCGCGUACUACGACCUUGCAUACGCUCGCUGCCCGUAAACUACGCCUACGAAUGCUUCCAGCAAGUACACAAGGACCAGGUUCGACACACGGGCGGGCACUACGAUCGCCAAACCUCUAUAGACACCGCAGUGACGAUCGCACUCGACGUUGCCAACCUCUACCUCGAUAGCGCUGGGGCCGGUACAACUCACGAGCCACUCAACCUCGACGAUCUCGCUGCCGACCUCCGAGCGCUGCCGCACAAUAUGGUCUCCGCGUCGGUGAGCGAGCGACUCUACAGAACGCUUGUGAAGAUGCUCGAGCGGGGAGCUGUGCAGAAUAAGGGCACGUACGACGUCUACUCAAUGUUGGACUGCAUGACCUCCACCAAGUGGGUUAUGGGUGCUCUGUCGGACAUUACCUGCGGCGAGGCGACCCGCGAAGUCACCGCAGCGCUUGAAGAGCUGUGCAGGUCCGGUCCACGUCUCGAACUGUACGGGACGGGCCAUGACGGUCAUCGCGAGCUCGUCACCUUUCUGGGCGCAUGUUAUCUCCGUCCCGGCUUCGCCCCCGCCCAGGAUCGCGACUUCGUGCGCACACACCUCGACGCUGCUUUAGUCGCGCUCGAGGUGUACCUCACGAAACCUGGUUGGAAGAACAAGUGGGAGUGCAGGCUCCUCGUAGCCGAAUUCACGCCUAUCUUGGAGGAGCUACACGCGCAACGGCCGGGGUCUGUCACGCCGAGGCUGGUGGCUGCCAUGGAAGAUGCAGCGAAGUGGCUAUCGGCCAAGUCGGAGGUCUGCAGCGCGUAG